CAGCCAAUCGUAUGCUCGGGGCAGCGCUUCUCGUUUCUUGCCCCAGAUCUUCUCCAUUUCGAAAUCCUUCGGCCAUCUUCGCAUCAGCAGCAUGGGCCGCGGCAGCAAGUCGACCAAGAAGCAUGGGAAGGAGAGCCUCGUGGGCACGGAGCAGCAUGAGCGGCUCCUUGACGAGGCCACGUACCGGGAGAUGGACCUGCCCCUCGAGCCGGGCUUCCACCGGUCGCCGCAGCAGAAGAAGCAGACGGUGUGGUGCUCGUUCAUCUGGGUCGGUAUCGGCCUCGUCGUCGUCGUCGGCGCCUUCGCGAUCCUCAAGGUCUCGCGCCAGAGCGACGAGCUUCCGACGAAGAAGCCAAUCUUCCCGACCCAGUACGAGGCCAGCCUCACGUUCCGCAUGCCAUACGUCGGCCUCGUCGAGCCCGUCUUUGUGCAUGUCGACGAGCCCGCGGGCUUGCAAAAGCUCAGCUACUAUGGCGGCGUCGACGAGUACAUCUUCAACACGACCGGCCCGUCGUACCAGCUGCUGCCCGUCAUUGACGCGAUACAGUGCUUCCAGACGGACGCGUCGCCGCUCCAGCUCGUAUUCCCUAACAUGACGGCGUUCGAGCCCAUGUACGGCAAGUCGGUGAUCAACUCGCGCAACUGCUACUCGUGGAAGUUCAGCGUCGACUCGAAGCCCGACGCGCAAGGCCGCCUUGGCGUCUACACGCUCUACGUCGACGUCGACACGAACGAACCCGUUCGGUUCCACUACAUUGGCCACAACGUCAUGCUUGGUGGCAGCCACAUGGACGAAUACAUCCUCGACUACGAGUACAUCCGCGCAGGCCCCAUCGCGCCGCAGAUCUUCUCGUACCGCGUCGCGUCCAUGAAUUGCACGCCGAUGGGCCCGGACGUUGUCGACGCGCCGCUGCGCCCAACAAACGACUUUCACUUGCGCAUGCCGGAUGGCGAGACAAAGCGCGCGGACGCGUUCGACGCGUUCAUGGCCGCCCACGAGAAGGCGUAUCUCGAUGACUCGGAGCGUGCGCGCCGCGAGAGCAUCUUCCACGCCAACGUCCAGUACAUCAACGCGAUGAACCGCCAAGGCAACAGCUACACGCUAGCCGUCAACCACUUGGCGGACAAGACGCCCGACGAGAUGCGUCGCCACUUCCAUGCCAAGGCGCACCACGCCAAGGACAAUGGUGCACAAGCCGUGCAUACCCUGUCGAGCACAUCACUGCCCGAGGAGUUUGAUUGGCGCAACCACGGCGGCGUCACGCCGGUCAAGGACCAGGGCCACUGCGGCUCGUGUUGGACGUUUGGGACGACGGGGGCGCUUGAAGGGCAGCUCUUCAAGGCCAAGAACGAAACGAUCCGUCUCUCCCAGCAGAACCUCAUCGAUUGCUCGUGGGACGAAGGCAACAAUGCGUGCAACGGUGGUCUCGACUACCAAGCCUACCGCUGGAUCAUCAAGCACGGCGGCUUGGAGACCGAAGCCACGUAUGGCAGCUACAAGAACCAGCCAGGGUUUUGCCACUUUAACGCGUCCCGUGCCGUGGCUCCGGUCGCGUCAUUCGUGAACGUCUCGGGCAUCCCGGCGCUCAACGACGCCCUUGUCAACGUCGGGCCGCUCUCCGUGUCGAUCGACGCGGCGCUGCCGUCCUUUUACUUCUACGCUGGCGGCUACUACAACGACAUUGAGUGCAAGAGCGGCCUCGACGACCUCGACCACUCGGUGCUGGCGGUCGGCUACACGACGUACAAUGGCGAAAAGUACACGCUCGUCAAGAACUCGUGGAGCACGCAUUGGGGCGAGAAGGGCUACAUCAAGAUUGCCCAGAAGAACAACAUUUGCGGCGUCGCGACCAUCGCAACCUACCCCGUGCUGCAGAAGACGGCAGCGUGAGCCACUGCUGUCGCUCAUUUUUAGUGUAUUUCUCAGUCGAUGCAAAUGUGAUGCUCUCGUGCUCUCUACAGCAAUGGCUCGGGCAUGGAUGCAUGACAACUUAGUCACACCUCGACUGCAAGAGUUGUGGCAACAGCGCUAAAGUGAGUAGCUCGUACGGAGCUGAAGUAAAGUGACUCGCCAUGUUGCAUCGC